AUGCGGGAUCAUUUGUCACCAAAGCCAUUACUGAUCGCGGAACAUUUCAGAUUCCAUAAGCGUAAUCAGAACGAUGGAGAGACAAUUGCGGCUUAUGUGGCAGAACUGAAAAAGUUAUCAGAAUAUUGUCAGUUUGGUGACGGGCUAAACGAUGCAUUGCGUGAUCGUUUGGUUUGUGGAAUUCUUCAAGAGGGAAUCCAGAAGAGGCUGUUAAUUGAGGCAGAUUUGACAUUUAAACGAGCAGUAGAAAUUGCUAUUUCAAUGGAAACUGCAGCUAAAGAUGCACUUGAACUACAAAGAGGAGUGAAUAUGAGCAACGUAAAUAAAAUGGCGGCAGCCAAGAUAAACAAAGUACAUAAAUGUCCCUGCUAUCGCUGUGGACGCGACUCCCAUCUUCCCUCACAGUGCCGAUUUAAAAAUGAAGAGUGCAGACAGUGCCACAUAACGGGCCAUAUUCAAAAACUUUGUCGUAGUGGAAAGGCAAAGUUUAGUGCGGAACACAAAAUGCAUCACAGCGACAAGAAAAAUGUGCAUAAUGUUGCAGAAGUCUCUGACAUUGAUAGUGAAGAUGCAUUAGCAAGUCUGGAAUUAUUUAGCCUUAGUGGAAAAGACAAGCAGGCAAUCUGGCUCACCCCCAAGAUAGAUGGCCAGGUGACUACAGAAAAGAACCUAGAGCUGAUACUAAGAAAUGCCACCCCUGUAUUUAAGAGUGGCAUUGGGACUCUUCAGCACAUUAGAGCUAAAAUUGUACUUAAGAGUGGUGCGACCCCACGGUUCCACAAGACACGUCCAGUACCCUAUGCCAUCCGACCCCUGGUUGAAAAGGAAUUGGAUAGGUUGGAGGCAAACUGCAUACUUUCUAAAGUAGACUGGAGUCCUUGGGCAACCCCAGUUGUCCCAAUAAUAAAUAGAAAUGGUACAGUCAGGCUCUGCGGGGACUUUAAGGUCUCCAUUAAUCCUGUACUGCAAGUUGAACAGUAUCCUCUGCCGAGAAUUGAGGACAUUUUUGCCAGUUUGUCGGGUGGUCAGCGCUUUUCAAAGUUAGAUUUAGCAGAUGCAUACCUCCAGAUGGAAGUAGAGGAAGACUCUAAAGUGUUUCUGACCAUUAAUACAAUAAAGGGUCUUUAUCGUUACAACAGGCUGGUGUUUGGGGUAGCCUCUGCCCCAGCUAUUUGGCAAAGAGCAAUGGAUCAGAUCCUUCAGUCAGUGCCAGGCGUCCAGUGCUAUUUAGACGACAUUAUUGUCACUGGAAUGACAGAUGAAGAGCAUUUAGAAAACCUCAAAAAGGUUCUGAAAAGGUUAGAAGAGUAUGGACUAAGAGCCAGGCUAGGCAAAUGUGAGUUCCUGAAGCCCAGUGUCAGGUAUUGCGGGCACACCAUAGAUGCCCAAGGUUUGCACAAAUGUCAGGACAAGAUUCAGGCUGUAUUGAUGGCACCACAACCACAAAAUGUUUCACAGCUUAGAUCCUUCCUGGGGUUUGUGAAUUAUUAUAAUAAGUUUCUUCCAAACCUGGCAACUGUGCUAUAUCCACUCAAUGAGCUAUUACAAGCUGGAAAACAGUGGAAAUGGUCCAAAGAAUGUGAAAAUUCAUUCCAAGAUGCAAAGAGACUGGUGACAUCUGACACAGUCCUAACCCACUUUAAUUCGUCCCUUCCAAUCAAGCUGGCUUGUGAUGCUUCUCCAUACGGCAUUGGAGCAGUGAUGUCUCAUGUUAUGGAAGAUGGCAGUGACAGGCCUAUAGCUUUUGCAUCACGCUCAUUGUCUGCAGCUGAGAAGAAUUAUGCCCAAAUUGAUAGGGAGGCAUUGAGUCUAGUGUGGGGUGUAAAAAGGUUCAACCAGUAUCUUUUUGGUAGGGAAUUCAUCCUUGUCACAGACCACCAACCGCUAACCUCAAUUUUCAGCCCGCAGAAAGGAGUUCCUGCCACAGCUGCUGCCCGAAUGCAGCGCUGGGCAUUGUUUUUAGGUGGACACAGGUACAAGAUUGAAUACAAACGUACAGCCUGCCAUGCAAAUGCAGAUGGGUUGUCACGACUGCCACUGGAAGCUGAAAAAGAUGAGUUUGGAGAUGAGGAAACAAUAGAUAUGAUCUCCAUCAGCCAGAUUGAAAAUCUGCCCGUCACGGCAGACAUGGUGAAAACAGAAACAAAACAUGACAAGAUCCUGUCUCAGGUGUAUGCUGCCACACUGAAUGGCUGGACAGCCCAGCACAAAUCCCUGCUGGCUGCAUAUUACUCGAGACGUGAUGAAAUUGCCUUAAAUGCUGGAUGUGUGAUGUGGGGGUUAAGAACCAUUGUACCCACUAAACUAAGACACAGAGUAUUAGAAGAGCUUCACAAGGGACAUCUAGGUGUGGUGAAAAUGAAGGCACUUGCCAGAAGUUUUGUGUGGUGGCCAGGCAUUGAUGAAGACAUCGAGAAAAUAACGCAGCAAUGUAGUGGCUGCCAGAUGGUUCAGAAUGAGCCAGAACGUGCAACACUUCACCCAUGGGAAUGGCCUACAUUACCUUGGGAGCGGCUUCAUUUUGACUUUGCAGGACCAUUCAUGGGGACAACUUUCCUGGUGGUAGUCGACACAUGCUCUAAAUGGCCAGAGGUUUGCACUAUGAGCUCCACCACUACAUCUCACACUAUUGAAGUACUAAGGGAUUUAUUUGCUAGAACUGGAGUUCCACAACAACUAGUGAGUGACAACGGACCCCAGUUCACAGCAACAGAUUUCCAGGUAUUCCUCCACAAAAAUGGCAUACGGCACAUUACAUCUGCCCCAUGGCAUCCAGCCAUAAAUGGCCUGGUGGAGAGGUUUGUGCAAAGUUUGAAACAAGCCCUUCGAGCAAUGACAAAUGAGAAACUGACACAUCAAUUAGACCUGCUGCAACCAAAUAUUAAGCAGACUGUGCAAGACAGACAAAUCAAACAAGGCUAUAAAGCAACAGACAAGGUUACACGUAGCUUUGCCAUUGGACAAUCAGUUCUUGCCAGGAGCUACAGAGGAGAUCAGAAAUGGGUUCCUGCAUUAGUCAAAGAGCAAACUGGUCCCUUGUCAUAUAAGGCAGAGGCUACUCAAGGCGUCAUAUGGCGACGUCAUGUCGACCAGUUGAGAAAAUCAGGGUUGGUUAAAGCUGAAGAGAUGCACACACUGCCUGUUGACUCCCCUGCUGUUGCUCCUAUAAACUGUCUAGAGCACUUACCAUCUCCUCAAGCAGCACAAGUACAGAGCCCAUGUGCAUUAUCUCCAUCACCUUCUGCAGAGACUAACACUGCUGUAACAAAUCAAGAAAAAUUACCCUGUGAAGAGAGACGUUUCCCAAUUUGCAUACGCAAGCCUCCAUAG